AAGAAGUGAUUUAAAAUGAAAUCAUUAAACUUAUUACUAUUUGCAACAAUUUUUCUUUUUGCAAAAUGUUCAGCUUUAGGAAUUAAUGCGCGAAUUAUUGGUGGCAUCGAAACAACCCUCUAUCAAAUGCCAUGGCAAGUGUCUUUAGUUAAGGGCUUUGAAAGAUACGAUGUGCUUUGUGGUGGUUCCAUUAUAGGAACAAACUGGAUCCUUACGGCGGCACAUUGUACAUAUGGAUAUCCAAUCAGUAUAUUUACCGUACGCGUUGGCUCAUCGCAUUGGGCAUAUGGUGGGAAAACUGUUCAAAUAAAACGUAAAAUUGAACAUGAAAAAUACAAUAAACUGGCAUUAGCGGAUUUUGAUUUCACACUCUUGGAAUUGGCUGAACCAUUGCAAUUCACUGAUGCAGUCCAGCCAAUCGCACUGCCAAAUUACCAUACGCUGGUACAUGUGAGAGACGUGUGCUUGAUUUCGGGAUGGGGACAAAUGGAAAAUACGGGACCAUCUGCAGAUAUACUUCGUGCAACCAAUAUAUCUAUAUUUGAUCAUAAAGUUUGCAAGCAACAAUAUGCAUUGAGUAUAACAAAUAGCAUGAUUUGCGCUGGUACCGAAAUAGGCGAGAAAGGUUUGUGUUUCGGUGAUUCUGGUGGACCAUUAUCGUGCAAAUUCAAUGAUAUUCCUGUAUUGAUUGGGGUGUCUUCAAAGACUAUUGGAGGAGCUGGAGACAAAUGUGGUCACACUGGAAUCAGUUCAAUAUUUGCAAAUGUUUUGCAUGCUCGUCAUUGGAUUAGAACAUUGACUGGUAUUUAAAUGUAAUUUAUUGUUAUUGAUAUUAUAAUCGUCAUUAAAUAUUUAUGCUCUAAACUAGUACCCAAUAAUAAAAAUAAUUACUAGUCGAUA